AUGGUAGGGGAGGUGCCACCAGAGGUGGAGGCUCCUGCCACAGUAGAAGAACCACCAUCUGCAGAGGGAGACGAAUCAUCUGCAGAAGAUGCGGCGCCUAAACCAGUAGCAGAGGAGGAGCCGGAGAAGACGGAGCUGAGCGGACUGUUUGUGGAGAAGCCUGAGACAGCCACCGCUGUGGCAGGGAAGGACAUUAUAUUCAUUGCCAAAGUGGACUCAUCCAAACUGACGAGAAAGCCAACCAUCAAGUGGCUGAAGGGGAAGUGGUUGGAUCUGUGCAGCAAGGCCGGGAAACACCUGCAGUUUAAGGAGACUUAUGAUAGAAACACCAAGAUCUACACCUAUGAGAUGAAGAUCAUCAAAGUAGUAGCAGGUGAUGCUGGUGGAUACAGGUGUGAAGUGAUCUCCAAAGACAAAUGUGACAGCAGCACAUUUGAGAUCACUGUGGAGGCUACUGCAAAAGAGGAGGAGACAGACAUUCUGUCGGCUUUUAAAAGAUCAGGUGCUGGAGAGGAUGAUGGAGACCUGGACUUCAGCGCCUUGUUAAAAGCCACCAAAAAGAAGAAGAAGCCUCAGCCGGCUAUAGAAGAGAAGGAUGUGUGGGAAAUUCUUAAGACUGCCCAUCCCAGCGAGUACGAGAAGAUAGCCUUUGAAUAUGGCAUCACAGACCUUAGGGGCAUGCUCAAACGUUUGAAGAAGAUGAAGACAGUGGAACCCAAGCACAGUGAUGCUUUCCUGAAGAAACUGGAAUCCGCCUACUCUUGUGAGAAAGGAAAGAAGAUCGUUCUGUCUGUGGAGGUGGUUGACCCCAAUGCCCAGGUCAAAUGGUUGAAAAAUGGCCAGGAGAUUAAACCCUCUGCCAAGUAUAUCAUUGAGUGCGUGGGUAACGUCAGAACACUCACCAUCAACAAGACUUCCCUGGCUGAUGAUGCCGCAUACGAGUGUGUGGUAGAGAAUGAAAAGUGUUUCACAGAAGUGUUUGUCAAGGAACCCCCAAUAAAAAUCAUCAAGCUGAUGGAUGACUAUCACGUCGUCGUGGGAGAGAGGGUGGAGUUUGAGAUCGAGGUGUCUGAAGAGGGAGCCCAUGUCAUGUGGGCUUAUGAAGAUCAGGAACUCUCGAGGGAUUCACAGAAGUUCCGCUUUAAGAAGGAUGGGAAGAAGCACUGUCUUAUCAUCCAGGAGGCCACCCUGGACGACAUCGGAAUGUACCAUGCCUGGACAAACGGGGGGCACACCAAAGGAGAGCUGGAAGUGGAAGAGAAGGAACUGGAGGUGUUGCAGAGCAUCGCUGACCUGACCGUGAGGGCCGCAGAUCAAGCCAUGUUCAAGUGUGAGGUGUCGGACGAGAAGGUGACUGGGAAGUGGUUUAAGGAUGGUGUGGAGGUUCUGCCCAGCGACCGCAUCAAAAUGACUCACAUUGGCAGGAUGCAUCGACUGACCAUUGAUGAGGUGAAGCCGGAGGAUGCUGGAGACUACACCUUUAUCCCAGACGGCUACGCCCUCUCUCUCUCAGCCAAACUCAACUUCUUGGAAAUCAAGAUCGACUAUGUCCCUCGCCAAGACCCUCCCAAGAUCCACCUGGACACCACAGGGAACAUGGUGUCCCAAAACACCAUCAUCGUGGUGGCCGGAAAUAAGCUCCGCCUGGAUGUGGAGAUCAGUGGAGAGCCUGCACCUACCGUGGUCUGGAUGAAGGGAGAUAAGCCAAUCACGGACGUCGAGGGGCGUAUGAGGGUUGAGGCCAGGAAGGACCUGAGCUGCUUCGUCAUAGAGGGGGCGGAAAGGGCGGAUGAAGGCAACUACAGCAUCACCGUCACCAACCCUGCGGGAGAGGACAAAGCUAUCCUGUUUGUCAAGAUUGUUGAUGUGCCAGAUGAACCAGAGAAUGUCAAGUGUAUCGCGGUGGGAGAGGACUGUGCCACUAUUGUCUGGGACCCACCCAAGUUUGACGGUGGUGCACCAAUCAAAGGUUAUCUAAUGGAGAGAAAGAAGAAGGGAUCUUCCAGAUGGACAAAGCUCAACUUCGACGUGUACGAGUCGACCACCUACGAGGCUAAGAGGAUGAUCGAGGGCGUGCUCUACGAGAUGAGGGUGUUUGCCGUCAACGGCAUCGGCCUCUCCCCCCCCAGCCUCAACUCCAAACCCUUCAUGCCCAUCGCCCCGACCAGUGAACCCGUACGCCUCAUGGUCCACGAUGUGACAGACACCACAUGCACCCUCAAGUGGCUGGCCCCGGAGAAGAUUGGAGCGGGAGGCCUGGACGGCUACAUUAUUGAGUACUGCAAAGACGGAGGUACUGAGUGGGUGCAGGUGAACAAGGAACUGUGUGAGAGACAGGGCUACGUGGUGCGUGACCUUCCUACAGGGGAGAAGAUCAACUUUAGAGUUAUGGCCAAGAACAUUGCAGGAGUCAGUCCCCCUGCAUUGCUUGCCCAGUCUGUCACCAUCCGCGAGAUCAUGGAGUUGCCCAAGAUCCGUCUCCCUCGGGAUCUGAGACAGAAGUACAUCAGGAAAGUCGGGGAAAAGAUUAAUCUGACCAUCCCCUUCCAGGGUAAGCCACGUCCAGUUGCGACUUGGUACAAGGAUGGGGAACUUGUCGACGCGAAGAAGGUGGGUGUCCUCAACUCAAACGUAGAUAGCAUCCUCUUCAUUCGCUCUGCGGAGAGAGAGCACUCUGGCAAAUACGAGCUGGUCCUACAGAUUGAGAACAUGGAGGACAGGGCCUCUUUCGAAAUUCGUAUCGUGGACAAGCCAGGACCUCCUGUAGGAGUGAAUGUGGCAGAGGUUUGGGGCUUCAACGCAGCGCUAGAGUGGAAGCCACCCAAAGAUGAUGGCAACUGUGACAUCACGGGCUACACCAUACAGAAGGCAGACAAGAAAACCAUGGAGUGGUUCACUGUCUACGAUCACAACAGAAGACCAAACUGUACAGCCUCAGACCUGGUGAUGGGGAAUGAGUACACCUUCCGUGUCUACAGUGAGAACCUCUGUGGCCUGAGCGAAGAGCCAUGUUUCAGCAAGAACACAGCUGCCAUACCCAAGAUAGGACUGGACUGCAACCGGGCUCCUUUCAAGGAGAAGGACAUGAACGCCUGUCCUAAGUUCACACAGCCCCUGCAGGAUAGAUCUGUAGUGGCAGGCUAUAGCACUGCCAUCAGCUGUUCUGUACGAGGAUUCCCUAAGCCUAAAAUCGUCUGGAUGAGGAACAGGAUGAUCCUGGGAGACGACCCGAAGUUCCUGAUGCAGAACAACCAGGGGGUGCUGACCCUGAACAUCCGUAAGCCUGGCCUGUAUGACGGGGGGAAGUACUCGUGCAAGGCGGUGAAUGACCUUGGAGAAGAUGAAGUGGAGUGUAAGCUGGAGAUACGAGCUGUCCCAGUUGAAAAGACGGAGAAAGACUGAGAAGAAUAAAAAUAUAAAAAUUACAUGAACCAAAUCACAAUGACGGUAGCUCUGGACAAAAUACAUAUGUGUCUUCAUCAAUAAAACAUACUUGAAGUGUU